CCCUCCCAACUGUCAAAACAGUAUUCAAGCAGAGACCUUCCCUCUCAUACAAAGAUAAAAUACAGACAAACUACUCAGGAUGCCCCUGAAGAGGUUCGUAACCGUGAUUUCAGGAGAGAGUUGGAAGAGAGGGAGAGAGCGGCUGCUAGGGAAAAAAACAGAGAUCGUCCAACCCGAGAACACACAACUUCAUCAGUGUCAAAAAAGCCCAGCUUAGAUGAGAUCCCUGCUGCCAACCUGGAUGCAGAUGAUCCUCUGACAGAUGAGGAAGAUGAAGAUUAUGAAGAGGAGAGGGAUGAUGAUGACACUGCAGCUCUUCUUGCAGAACUGGAAAAUAUUAAAAAGGAAAGAGCUGAAGAACAGGCCAGGAAGGAACAAGAACAAAAAGCAGAGGAAGAAAGAAUUCGGAUGGAAAACAUUCUAAGUGGAAACCCUCUCCUUAAUCUCACUGGCCCAUCCCAGCCUCAGGCCAACUUCAAAGUUAAAAGAAGAUGGGAUGAUGAUGUCUUCAAGGACUGUGCAAAAGGUGUAGAUGAUCAGAAGAAAGACAAAAGAUUUGUGAAUGAUACACUGCAAUCUGAAUUUCACAAAAAGUUCAUGGAGAAAUACAUUAAGUAGUGCAGUUUUAUGUGCUUAAUUAAAGAUGCAAAAUGUUAA